UUCUGGGGCAGUGAGAGCUGGUGUUAGGUUAGGGAACCCCUAGAUUCCUGGCUUGCAUCGACUUCAGGCAUGUCAGUGAAUGAUCCGAUCUUGCUGCCCUUGUGCCUUGAUGAUGUUUCACGGGGAUGCUGCAGUAUUAUCGCAUCGUGAGGGUGUUGGACAAACCCCUAACGGCGGGUUCCCUCUCAAGACUGUCGGGGCACACAGGGCUGGAUUUUCAGCAGGGGUCCAAACCGGUACCUGCGGAGGUGCGGGCUGUCCUGGGCACUCACAUUUCGGGUAAUUGCAUGUGCAAAUGCUGAACUGCCCCUGCAGUUACCCAAGUCACACGGGUGCAUGCGGGUGCUCUGAGUGUGUGAGACGUGACUGUUAGCAAGGUUUGUGGGUGUGUUUCUUGGUGACCUGCUAAAAAUUUGUCCCUUGAUGGCUGCUUGGAUUGUCACUCUGGACCAGGUCAGCAUUCAGAGGGUUAGCAGUACCUAGUGCAGGAACACUUCUCCUGAAUAACCUGCCAGCUUGCUCACACGGCUGUAACCUCUGGCUACACAGUGGCCUCUAGGGACUGGGAAGCCACUUGCAGCACAAACCACCAGCUCAGGACACGCUGAGAUGUUGCUUGUCGGCUGGCUUGUCGUUGAGGUGGGAAUGGAGCCUUUCAGCAGGAUCCUUUCCGUGGAGCCAGAGGACACAGACAAAGAUGGGAGUGUGCUCUUCUCCGUGUAACAUGAAACACGCUGCAAGCGGACACCGAACAAGCGAUGGGUGUGUGUGUGCGCGUAACCAUUGACCUGGAUGCACACAGCAGAGACAACACCCGGCUGCGCCUGUAACACGGGGAGCUUCGGAACCAUUCAAGAAAUAGAUGCAGCCACUGGGUGUGUGGGUUACAGGUACUCUAAGGACCACAGCUACAGCGAAAGAUGCACUCCAUCCACAACCUGCCGUGCAGGAGCCCCCGAGAAGAGCCGAAGGCAGAUGGCAUGGAGGACAUGACCCAGCUGCAGGACCUCCAGGAAGGGGCAGUGCUGCACAACAUCAAGACGAGGUUUGACCGCGAGUUAAUCUACACCUAUAUAGGCAGCAUCUUAGUGUCCGUGAACCCCUACAAAAUGUACAACAUCUAUGGGACGGAACAGGUGCUGCAGUAUGAAGGAAGGGCGCUGGGAGAAAAUCCCCCACACCUUUUUGCUAUUGCAAACAUCGCCUAUACCAAAAUGAUGGAUGCCAAACACAACCAGUGUAUUAUCAUCAGUGGCGAAAGUGGUUCAGGCAAAACGGAAGCCACCAAGCUGGUCCUGCGUUACCUGGCAGCGGUCAAUCAGAAACGCAAUGUGAUGCAGCAGAUCCUCGAAGCGACCCCCCUGCUGGAAUCGUUCGGAAAUGCCAAAACAGUGAGGAACGACAACUCCAGCAGAGGCUUGAUCUGUGGUGCCAUAACCUCACAGUACCUUCUUGAGAAAUCAAGGAUCGUGUUUCAGGCCAACGACGAAAGGAACUAUCACAUAUUCUAUGAGAUGCUGGCUGGCCUUCCCGCUCAGCAGAAGCAGCAAUUCUGCCUUCAAGAUGCAGAAACCUACUAUUACCUGAACCAGGGAGGUAACUGCGAGAUUCCUGGCAAGAGUGAUGCUGAGGAUUUCCGGAGGUUGCUCAGCGCCAUGGAGAUCCUGAACUUCAGCACCGAGGACCAGAACAGCAUCUUCCGAAUUCUGUCUUCCAUCCUCCACCUGGGGAACGUCUACUUUGAAAAAUACGAGACAGACUGCCAGGAGGUUGCAUCAGUGGUGAGCGCGAGAGAGAUCCGUGCAGUAGCCGAGCUGCUCCAGAUCUCGCCAGAGGGGCUGCAGAAGGCCAUCACGUUCAAAGUGACGGAAACGCUGAGGGAGAAGAUUUUCACCCCCCUCACUGUAGAAAGUGCCGUUGAUGCCAGAGAUGCUAUUGCCAAGAUCCUGUACUCCCUGCUCUUCAGCUGGCUCACGGACAGGGUUAACAAGCUGGUCUACCCUAAAAAGGAGGCUCUUUCCAUAGCUAUUCUGGAUAUCUAUGGGUUCGAGGACCUCAGCUUUAACAGCUUCGAGCAGCUAUGUAUCAAUUAUGCAAACGAAUAUCUGCAAUUCUUCUUCAACAAGAUCGUCUUUAAGGAGGAGCAGGAGGAGUACGUCCGGGAACAGAUAGAGUGGAAAGAAAUCACCUUCAGCGACAAUCAGCCCUGCAUCGAUCUCAUUGCUCAAAAGCCACACGGGAUUCUGAGGAUCCUGGAUGACCAGAGCUCCUUCCCACAGGCCACAGACCAUACUUUCCUCCAGAAGUGUCAUUACCACCAUGGCUCCAACGCAUUAUACUCCAAACCAAAGAUGCCUCUCCCAGAGUUCACCAUCAAACACUAUGCUGGCAAAGUAACCUACCAGGUGCACAAGUUCCUGGAUAAAAACUAUGAUCAAGUUCGCCAGGACGUGCUGGACCUUUUUGUCAACAGUAAAACCAAAGUGGUGGCCAACCUCUUCUUCGGCCAUGCCCAGUUGGUGGCCCAGCAGAGGACCAUGAUGGGGAAGAACAGCACCGUCACCCGGCGGUAUAAAGCUCCUACGGUGGCAGCUAAGUUCCAGCAGUCACUCCUGGACCUGGUGGAGAAGAUGGAGAGGUGCAACCCGUUCUUCGUCCGCUGCCUCAAACCCAACAACAAGAAGGAGCCAGCUGUCUUCGAGGCAGACAUUGUCAGCAGCCAGCUCCGGUACUCUGGAAUCCUAGAGACCAUCCGUAUCCGCAAAGAGGGCUUCCCGGUUCGCAUCCCCUUCCAGAUCUUCAUCGACAGGUACAGGUGCCUCUUAGAUAUCCGGCCUGGCAUCACCCCAGAUGGCGUGAGCUGUGUAGAGGUGCUGAAGAAGCUGUGUGCUGUGAGUCCCACCAUGUACUGCAUUGGAGUCAGCAAGCUGUUCAUGAAGGAACACCUGUACCAGCUGCUGGAGAGCAAGCGGGACCGUGCCCUGCACCUGGCAGCGCUCACCCUGCAGCGUUGUGCCCACACCUUCUUCAUCAAGAGACGCUUCCGCUCACUGCGCCGCAAGAUCAUCCUCCUCCAAAGCCAGUCCCGGGGCUACCUGGCCAGGCAGAGGUACAAGAGGCUGAGGAAGAGUCUGAUCAAGUUCAGGUCCCUGGUGCACAUGUACGUGAAUCGCAGGAGGUACCUCAAGAGGAAGGAGGAGGCUCGCAGGCGGGCGGAGGAGGAGCAGAAGAAGGCUGAGCAGGAGCUGACCAAGAGGGAGGUGGUGGAUGUAACGCACCUGGAAGUCCCUGCUGAGCUGGCAGGGCUGCUGGAGCUGGCAGCAGCUCACAAGCCGAUGAAUGCUCAGUGCGUCGUUCCGGUCCCUUCGCCCAAACUGCAAACGAACUCCCAGCUCACCCUGCCGCUCGACAUCAACAACUACCCAAUGGCCAAGUACGUGUGGGUCCACUUCCAGGAGCCAUUGUUUGGGAUGCUCUCCGUGCCACUGGCAUCCCCUCUGACCCAGCUGGAGGAGGAGCUCAUGCAAGAAGCGCUCAGUCUGUUCAAGCUGAUUCUGCGCUUCAUGGGCGACCCACACCUUGGUGGCACCCAGGAGAACCUGUUUGGGAACUACAUCGUUCAGAAGGGGCUUUCGGCACCGGGCCUGCGGGACGAGAUCCUGGCUCAGAUCGCCAACCAGGUGUGGCGGAACACCAACGUCAACAACGAGGAGCGGGGCUGGCUCCUCCUGGCCGCCUGCCUCAGUGGCUUUGCCCCCUCCACCAGCCUGGAAAAACACCUGCUCAAGUUUGUUUCCGACUACGCCUUUGAUGGCUACAAGCCGGUGUGCCAGCACAAGCUGAUGCAGGCCAUGCUGCGGUCCCAGCUUGGCCCCGAGAUGGCCCGGGCCUACCCGCCAUCGCUGCUCGAGUGGACGGCCAACAGGCAGAGAGCAAGCAUGGCCUUGGACGUCUACUGCUUCAACGGUGGCCACUUCUCCUGCCCCAUCCGUUCCUGGAGCACAGGGGAGGAGCUGGCAGGGGACGUGCUGAAGCACAGGGGGCUGACGGAGGGCUGGAGGGGCUGGUCCGUCUCCAUGAAAGAUGGCGCCCAGUGGGCCGAGCUGGCUGGCCACGAUUACAUCCUGGACCUCAUUUCCGACCUGGAGCUGCCCAGGGGCUUCCCCAAGCAGAAAUCCCAUUUCAUCGUCGCUUCAGAGGGGGUGGACAAGGGCAGCGGCGCUGCCAGUGGAGUUUUCGGACAGGGCUUAGAUUCGGAUGAGGAAGUCCCUCCUCCCCCACUGACGAAGGCCCCCACUGUGCCACCUCCAAACACCCCUGACUCAGAUGGAUAUUACAGUCGCGAUUCCGACACCGUCAGCGAACCUCGAACACACAAGGGGUUGGAUCGUUACCUGGACAGUCUGUUUGACCCGGUCCUGUCCUAUGGGAAUGGGGACUUGGAGAAGCCAGCUGCUGUCUCCCGGAAGAUGAAAGGAGGAGGCCGGGUAGGAGGUGGGAGCAGCAGUGUGGACCAAGGCGGUGCCAGAGCACCCAUGGAGAUGACCCAGCAAACCGGUUUGCAGGAGCCCAACUUGGUGCUGCAGCACGACCACAUCAAGCAGCAGGCCCUGCUCCGGAGGACAGCUGUGAGCCAGACACCUGCCAGGACGGCAGCCUCCGUGCAGAAAGCCGCUCCUGCCUCCAGGCUGCGGGCUGGCGAGCUGGUGCGGCCGGCCAAGCUGAGCUCACAGCACUUCCCCGAGCCCACGCAGCACAUUAAGAACAUCAUUAAGCAGUGCCAGCGGCCUGCCAGGCUCCCCGAGCCCAUCAGGAAGGAAGGUGGGAAGGUCUUUGUGAAGAAGAAGGAUCCCCAUGAGGAGGCCAUGAUGAUCUUAAAGGGGCAGAUGUCAGCCGCUCCGGUGGCCAAGGAAGCAAUAGCCACGGUGAAGCCUGUUACCAGCACCAAGAGGCCUUGGCCACCAUCACCAGCCGCCGUUCCCCCACCGACUGCCACAGCCAGGUCUUCUCCAAUGUCGCCUCCAGUCACAGUCUCCCGGGAGCUCCCAGCGGAGCAGGAGCAGGUCCAGACGCAGCUGCACCGGUGCUGCAGUGAGGAGUUCUACGCCUACCGCAACGUGUCCUGGAAAAUAUACAUCAGGAAAGAGGUGUUCUAUCCAAAGGAUAACUUCAACAACCCCUUGCUGCUGGAUCUCAUUUUCAGACAGAUCUUCCACGACACACUCUCCGACGCCUGCCUCAGGAUCACCCCGGAGGAACGGCUGCGCAUGAAAUCUCUCUUCGCGAAAAACAAGCUGGAUUCGUUCAGCCCAGCGGCCGACGACAGCAUUAAGAAGGAGAUUGUGAUCGCGGCCCGGGACAGCUGGGAGGUUUACUUCUCACGCCUCUUCCCCGCCACGGGCAGCGUUGGCACAGGUGUGCAGAUCCUGGCAGUGUCCCACACGGGGAUUAAACUGCUGCGGCUGGUGAAGGGCACCAACGUGCCUGGGGAGCAGCUGCGCGUGCUGCGGGGCUACAGCUACACCGAUAUCCUGUUCGUGACCAUCCCCUCCAACCACAUGCUGGAGUUCAACCUGACCAACGAGAAGCUGAUCCUCUUCUCCCCCAAAGCCCCGCAAGUGAAGGCCAUGAUCGACUAUUUCAUCACAGAGCUCAAGAAGGACUCGCAGUAUGUGGUUGCCGUGAAGAGCUACGUUACAGGUGACAGGAGCCUGUUGAGCUUCCACAAGGGGGACAUCAUCCACCUGCAGCCGCUGGAGCAGCCUGAGAGAGACCACUGGCACGGAUGUGUGGUCCGCAAGAAGGUGACGUACCUGGAAGAGCUGAAGAGGGGCACCCAGGACUUUGGGUGGAAAUUCGGUGCCAUCCACGGGAGGUCGGGGCGCUUCCCCGCCGAGUACGUCCAGCCCGUGGCAGCCCCAGAUUUUAUCCACCUGCCAGCGGACAGGAAAGAGGAGCCCAAGAACAAGCAGGGCAAGGUGGCGGCCUUGGCAGCCGUGGCAGUGGCCGUGGCCUCCACGGCUGUGGCUCAGGAACUGGACAGGAAGAUCGAGGUGUCCCCCGCAGGCAGUGACUAUGCAGAGAGCAUGGAGGAGUAUGGUGGUGAGCUUCCUGGGGACAGUGCCCUGCAGGGCAGGCAGUUCCACAUGCUGGAGUUUGCCAAGAAGCAUUUCCGGGAGGCGCAGAGGAUGAAGACGGAUUCCUGCAAGCACAAAUCCCGGAAAGGGAAGGACUCGCCAGACGUAGCGGAGAUGCUGAAAUUCACCAAGUGCCCGCUCCAGGAGUCGCUGAUCGAAUUCACUGACAGCUGCCUGAACAGAGCCGCAGCCGAGGCCUUCCAAGCCGUGAUGAAGUUCAUGGGCGACUGGCCUCUCAAGGGGCAGACAGAGCUGGAAGUCGUCUACGCUGUGCUCAAGCUGUGCGCUGACCACGAAGUCAUGAGGGAUGAAGUGUAUUGCCAGAUCAUAAAGCAGACCACGGACAACACGAGCCCCAAGAUGGACAGCUGUCAGAAGGGAUGGAGGCUGCUCUACAUCCUGACCGCCUACUACAAGUGCUCCGAGGUCCUGAAGCCCUGUCUGCUAUGGCACCUCCAGGAGACCUGCAGGAGCCCUGGGGCGCAGUUCCAAGGGAUCGCAAAGGCCUGCGAGCAGAACCUCAGGAAGACCUUCCAGUUUGGCGGCCGGCGCGAAUUUCCCAGCAGCAUGGAGCUCAAAGCCAUGGUGGCCGGCCGGAGCGCCAAACGCCAGCUGUUUCUCCUGCCAGGAGGGAUUGAGAGGCACCUGAAGAUCAAAACAUGCUCGGUUGCGCUGGAUGUGAUCGAGGAGAUGUGCUAUGAAAUGGGGCUGCAUCGGCCUGAGGCCUUUGACGAAUAUGUCAUCUUCGCCGUUACCAACAGAGGUCAGAAUGUCCGCCCCUUGAGUCGACGGGAGUAUAUCCUUGACGUGGCCACGGAGAUGGAGCAAGUGGACAGCAGCUACAUGUUCUGGUACCGGCGUGUCAUCUGGACCCAGCCACUGAAAUUUGACAAUGAGCUGUAUGUCACCAUGCACUAUAACCAGGUCCUGCCCGAUUAUCUCAAGGGGCUCUUCAACAUCCUACCUCCCCUGCAACCCAGCGAACAGCAGUGCCAGCAGAUCUCCAAACUGGCAGCCCUCCAGCACCGGGCCAAGGACAGAAUGUACCUGCCCACCGUCCGGGAGGUGCAGGGUUACGUCCCGCCCCAGUUCUGCCGAGCGCUGAAGGCUCAGUCGUGGCUCAACGUGGUGCUGCAGCAUCUGCCGCAGGUCCAGGCCCUGAGCGCCCACCAGGCCAGAGCUCAGUUCCUAGGACUGCUGAGCGCCUUCCCCAUGUUUGGCUCUUCCUUCUUCUACAUCCAGAGCUGCAGUAACAACGCCAUCGUCUCGCCGUGCAUCCUGGCCGUCAACCAGAACGGCCUCAACUUCCUCAACAAGGACACCCACGAGCUGAUUGUGAAGUUCUCGCUGAAGGAGAUUCAGUCCACGAGGACCCAGCGGCCCACAGCCGGCUCCAGCUACCCCUAUGUGGAGAUCAUGCUGGGAGACUUGAUGUCACAGAGGAUGACGCAGCUGCAGCUGGAGCAGCUAAACCUUCAGAUGGGCCUAGAGUUGUGUCGCGUGAUCGCCACCCACAUGGAAAGUCUGUUGAACGCUCGCGAGAAGAGACUCACCCUCCCUCCCAGUGAGAUUACACUGCUCUGAUCAGGCAUGUUACACACACACACGCUCGCACGCUCCCUCCCUAACCGCCACUUGCGUGAAAGCCAGCAUGGAGAUAAACAAAUAUCUCCGUGUCCUGGGAGACGCAACGUAGACUAAAUAUAGAGACUAAAUAUAGAGACUGAUGGGACAGAUUCCCAGUUGGUUUGAGUCAGCGUAGCCCCAGUGGCCUGGGGCUGAUGUACAUCUGCUGAGGUGCUGGGACGGGGGACUUACAGACCGUAUGUGAGGUCUGAGGAGUUAAGAGCGUGGGGAAUGCAGUCUGGCCAGUUAACAGGUGAACACAGAUGCCUUAAUUUCUAUUUAAUAACUGCCCUCCUGGACAUAGGUCAUGACCUUUUUCCAGAAUCAGGUGUAUUUAAUCCAUUCCUUUAGUAGCAACAUUGAUUGUCCUUGAGCAGGACACGUCCAGUUUUGCACAUCUGCCUGUACCGAGGACCUGGCAAUCUAACAGUUUGCAUGCUGCAUACACCGGAUGGUUUUUAUUUGUGUUCGCUCCCGGUGUUUUGGUCUUGUUUGUCCUGUGAUUUAAUUCUCAUUUUUUAUAAGUGUCACUGGCGCCUGCAUUUGUACACUGGUCCGUAGCGCUAGCCCUGUAAAUGGCUUCCCGUUUUUGUAACGUUUUGCACUCAGCAUUGCUUUGAGAUUUUAUUUUUGUUUCUCGUUUGUGCAAAAUUAAAAAUUCCUUUUAAGUCCAAAGCCGCCUGUUGUUUGGGUGUGCUGGUUUGUGCUGGGGAACAAAGUUGUUUUUCUUUCCUCAACCCAGGAUUUGUGUAGAGCAGGGGUUCUCAAACUUCAUUGCACCGC